UCUCCCGGCUCCUCACCCGCCCGGGCCGCCGCUGCCCCUCACCGUGUAGUAGGAGAGGAGCCCGGCGUUAUAGUCCAGCACGAACCAGCGGUACUGCCAGCCCUUCAUGACAUUGGUCCAUUUGCUCAGCGGGCCCUCCAUGAUAGACGCCAUCUUAGGCACCGAACCGGCACCAACCGCACACCGCCCGUUCGGUCACUGUGUCAACUGCUGACAACGUAAUCAUCAUAAUGAUGGAUUUAUGUUUUAGCCUGAUGGUGCAUGAUUCUUUUUCUGCUUGUUGGUAGCAAGCAAUGUCUUUUAUUUGUACCUUCAGGAAAAAAUUUCCUAAUUUCCUCCAUUUGAUUUUUUUAUGGAACAAAUGCACUAAUAAAUUACAAUCAAGUAGAAGAUGAAGCCUUCGGUGUCAUCUUCAGUCUCCUGCUACUGUCCUUCAAAGAAUUAUAUUUGGUUUAGGGAGUUACAAGGAGGAAGAUAGAUGGGAGAGAAUCAACUUUACCCUACAGGCAGUCAUUCUUAAAAGAGGAUAAUUGAAUCCAGUAUGCCAAUAAGUGCCAUGGUUUGCUGCUUAACAGGAGCUUGCUGACUUCAGACCACUUCCCAAGAAAAAACCUGCAUUUGUUGAGUGCAGCAGGUGCUUUAAAGAUAACCUUUGUGGCAGAACGAGUUUGAGUUUCUUUAACAUUUUUACUCUAUGUAUCAAGAGUCAGAAGACUGGACUGAGCAUAUUCGUGUUUUGAGGAUCCUGACUGAAAUGUUUUUGCCCCAUAUCAGCAUUGCAGAUUUGGAAGAAACUUUUUUCUCAAAAGUAUUACCUAAGACUCUACAGUUUUUUGAUAACUUGAUGUAUGAAUUAUCCAGUGAGGCCAAAGGAUUAACCAGCCAGAAUACAGAGUUAUGCAGUACUGUAAGGAAUCUUCUACAGACUAUGGUGCAACUGUUGGAAACUCUGACGUGUUGUGUACGAUACAUCUGCACGCUGCAGGAGUGUGUGCCUCUGGAGAGUAUCCGCACCCUUCCAUCCUCAGUUCUGUAUGUCAUAAAGAACACAUUUACACACUGCAAGGACAGUGAAUCAGUGUACUGCGGGCAUCUGCACUUGAUUUCUGACCUCCUACAGGCCAUGUUCAAGGAAACUUACUCCCUUCAGAAGCAGUUGAUGGAACUACUUGAUAUGAUUUCCAUAGGCUCUGCUUCUACUGAAGAUAACAUCGCAGAUAUGGUGUCAGUAAUCCACACGGUGCUGGAGAUAUGCUCUGUCAUUUCCAAUAUGGACCAUGCUCUUCAUGCCAAUACGUGGAAGUUCAUAAUCAAGCAAAGCCUGAAGCAUCAUUCUCUGCUGCAGUGUCAUCUGAAACACAGUGACAUCCUUGGUGGCCUCUGCAAGGACACUCUCCUUUCCUUUAACUCCUGUUUGCAACUGGCUGAGCAAAUGAAGAUGUCGGAGAUACAGGAUGGCACUGACCUCAGGCUGUUCCAGAAGACAGUCAAACUGUGCAGGUUCUUUGCUAAUUCCCUUGUACACUACACCAAGGAAUUUCUUUCUUUCUUCUCUGAUUCAUGUUCUCAGUUACAUCAGCUCUUUCUUCAAAUAUACAGCAAAUUUCCUCCCAGUCUCUAUGCUCCAGAGAUCUUGGAAGUUCAUAGAGAUGAAAUAUCCCGGGUUUUUCUUGUGGCACUGGACCCUCUCAUCAGCCAGCUCCUCCGCUUUCGCCCUUUUAUGGAGCAAGUGUUAAAUGACAAGUUAGGUCUCCCUCCUGAGCAGCAGCUGUCCCAGUGUCUCAUCCUGAUUUCCGUAAUGAACAAGCUGUCCUCUCAGCCUGAAGAAGUGCAGACUCUCUGGAACACAGGAAAAAGCAGGUCUUUGUUUUCUGCUCUCUUCUUGAGCUUCCGGCAGUGUUUUGGUGAGCUUUCUCUCCCAGUUUGUUUGCCAGAGGUGAUCAGUACAGGACAGCCAGCAGUUCUCAUCACCCUCUAUCACUAUGUCUGUGUCCACCUGUGCUCCUUCAUUGCUUCCACACUCCCAUCACACUUUCCUCAGCUGGAGUAUGCUCUGCUGGAUGCUGUGCUGGGUUCUAGUAUGAUCACAUCUCUGCUAGCGAUGGAUGCGUGGUGCUUCCUUGCCCGAUAUGGAACAGCUGAACUGUGCGCUCACCACGUUGUUGUGAUCGCCCACUUGAUAAAGUCUUGGCCCAGUGACUGUUAUGAAGUCUCUGCCUUGGGUGUUCUGCUGAGGCGUAUGCUGUUCUUGAUGGCUCCAGAUCAUCAGGCAAAAUUUGCUCAGAAGUUUUUUCCAGAAGAGGAGGAGAACCUGGCUGUGUGGCAGCAUAUAUCCCUCAAGGCCCUGAAUCCUGAUCUUAGGAAACGAGUGGCCUGUCAGCUCUGCAUGGCAGGGCUUGCGCAGUGCAGGCGAUGGCUGAAUAGCAGGCGCGCUUUGGGAGAGCUCCGACCUGUGAAUACUGCCCUUUCUGUCCUGCUGGCUGCCUGCAAUUUUGCUGGUGACACUCUGGAGGCAGAACUUCAGGCAUCUAUCUUGGGAGUACUUGGUCAGUUCUGGACUUUUCUCCAGGCUAAGCAGGUCUCAGAUGAGCCAUGUCUCCAGCAGACCCUGUGUUUAUUACUUCACCUUUUGGAAUUUUUCAUCCAAGCAUUAGAUGCUCAACUGAUUACUCAGGUAUUUGCACUGCAGUCUGCCCUCUUCCAGCUGGACCCCCCAGAUCACGUUCGUCUAGCAAUGGUGGAUUUUCUGUCUGCUAUGGGAAAGGUGUUUAUACCACAAGAAGCACAGAGGCAAGUUGUAUCCCAGUUGUCAUCUUUGUUUGCUUCUCUGCUGGCUGACCAGACCUGGCUGAUUCAUCAGCAUGCCUUGGAGGCAUUCACACAUUUUGCAGAGGAAACAAGCCACGAGGAUGUUGUUCCUCAGUGCCUUAAUUCUGAAGAAACUAAGAACAAAGUUGUUAGUUUUCUGGCUAGGACGAGGCAUGUAGAAGAGACAACAGAAGCACGAGCAGAACGCAUGAAACAGGAAAGGAUUACCUGCAGUGCACAGUUUACGAAAAUGGCUGGAGAACGGGAGGCAACAGGAGAGCCUCUGGCAAAACGAGCAUGUCACCCACCCUCUGAGGAGCAGUAUAAAUCAGCAGUGGGCACGAUGGAGGGGGCAGUGGAGGCUGUGAAGCUGCUACUCCAGAAAGGGUCACCCCCUGCUUGGCUUGCAGUGAAGCUGGAGGCUCUACAUACAGCUCUAGCCACCCUCAGAGACAGUGUACGGAAACAGCUGUUCUUUUCUAUUCUGACACUGAGUUUGAUCUCACCUGUCCAGUGCCACAGCUCUUCUACUGCUCCACAACACUGACUGCACUACAGUGAGUGAUUUUUUCCCCCCUAAAAUGAGGUUGAUGCUACAACAGUACUUCUUAAAAAUAAAGUGUGCCAUUUUCAAAUGUUAUAAACAACUUCAGUUUACAUCCAGGGCUCUUCUCCCCAU